UUGCUAAAUCCGGUAGUGAUGUAAGAGGCUACGUAUCCGUCACGAUACGUUCCGGGAUUCUGUCUGUGUGGGGUUGACUUAUACUGUCAUAAAAUCACAACAGAUGCAAUGUAUACAGCUUGACAAGUUAACUGGAAAGAUAGUCAAUAAAAUAUAUCUCAUGUUGCUGUUAGAUAUAUGUUAGUGAGAUAUAGCUAGCUAUUCACAACGGGUUUAGAUUUAGCAUAGCUGCAAGCUAGCCAUCAAGCUAAUUAGUUAUCUGCUCAGUUUGCAAAAGCCUACUCGGAAGUUUUGGAACUGUAUCAAUGGCGUGUACGUUGGAAAAGGUUCUUGGAGAUGCCCGCACCCUUCUGGAAAGACUAAAAGAGCACGACACGGCAGCAGAGGGAUUAAUCGAACAGUCAGGAGCGCUCAGCCAAAGGGUCCAGGGUAUGAGAGAAGUGGGAAACGCACUUCCAGAUAAGUACCCGGAGGAAAGUUCUGAAAUACAGGACUUGUCAAAGUACAAGCCCCACGUCCUUCUAAGUCAGGAAAAUACUCAAAUAAAGGAGCUACAGCAAGAGAAUAAAGAACUUUGGGUGUCUUUGGAGGAGCAUCAGUAUGCGUUGGAGUUGAUAAUGGGUCGAUACCGCAAGCAGAUGCUUCAGCUAAUGAUGGGAAAGAAAGAGCUUGACACAAAGCCUGUGCUUAAUCUUCAUGAGGACCAUGCCAAGGAAGUGCAAAGUCAACUGGAGCGGAUAUGUGAGAUGGGUCAGGUGAUGAGAAGAGCUGUUCAAGUGGAUGAUCAGCACUACUGCUCUGUCCGAGAAAGACUAGCCCAACUGGAGAUUGAAAACAAAGAGCUGCGUGACCUUCUGAGCAUCAGCAAGAUCUCAGUGAAGGGCCACAGUGAAGAUCCUAGCCAGCGGGCUACUGUGGUGAAGGGCCACAGUGAAGAUCCUAGCCAGCGGGCCACUGUGGUGAAGGGCCACAGUGAAGAUCCUAGCCAGGGGGCUACUGUGGUGAAGGGCCACAGUGAAGAUCCUAGCCAGCGGGCUACUGUGGUGAAGGGCCACAGUGAAGAUCCUAGCCAGCGGGCCACUGUGGUGAAGGGCCACAGUGAAGAUCCUAGCACACUGGGCACAGUGGUGAAGGGCCACAGUGAAGAUCCUAGCCAGCGGGCUACUGUGGUGAAGGGCCACAGUGAAGAUCCUAGCCAGCGGGCCACUGUGGUGAAGGGCCACAGUGAAGAUCCAAGCCAGGGGGCUACUGUGGUCAAGGGCCACAGUGAAGAUCCUAGCACACUGGGCACAGUGGUGAAGGACCACAGUGAAGAUCCUAGCCAGCGGGCCACAGUGGUGAAGGGCCACAGUGAAGAUCCUAGCCAGCGGGCUACUGUGGUGAAGGGCCACAGUGAAGAUCCUAGCCAGCGGGCCACUGUGGUGAAGGGUCACAGUGAAGAUCCUAGCACGCUGGGCACAGUGGACAAACCUCAGGCAAACCAGACAAACGAUCAAAUGUAGAGUUCAUAGAGAAUCAUCAGAAUGUUUUGUGGAAAUACACUGUUUUCAGGGCCAUGAGACAAGAUUCAUUUCAUUUUCACCUCUGUCUGUUGUCUGUCCCAUUGUUUUAAAGAAGUUAGUCCUUAAUGUGUACUGUGAUUUAUGUGUCACAUUGUCAAAGAUAAAUCCAUAAAAGGCCAAAGCACCUCACAGACACAGAAGGAACAACAAGCCAACAGAUAGGUGUGUGAAUGUCCGAUUUGGGAUAGGGAAAUCACAUUUGGUUAUUGAAACUGGAUACCUUUGGUUUCAGUCCUCUGUUGAAAUGACUUAUCUUCAACAAAUACAAUUCCAAGUCACCAUCAAAGGUCUACCAAAUGAGGCGUUGCUUGCUUGUUGUGUUAAUUGUUUUCCAUGUAGUUAUGAAUUGGAGGAUGCAAUUACCUGGAUUAGUUUGUGGUUAUUUCUUUGCUAUGAGAUUGCUGUUUCUAGUGUUCAUAGUCAAGUGUCCAUGGUUUUAUAUCCUAAAUGUUCUCCUAACAGCUGUAAUCUUCAUGUUCAAUCUCCAACAGUAAUUCCUCUUUUUACAAUCCCAUAUAGAAGCACAUUUUUAUCAAGGCAUGUAAUGUCAUCUCAGGUAAACUGUCUUAUAUUGGCUUGAAAGAUCGUGAAAAAAUGUAUUGGUUUAAUGUGUCAAAUAAACGCUUUUCAUUUAAGUUA